AUGGCCGAGUGGGCGAAGCAAACCUACAACCAGCAGUACGAGAGGUGGGUUCCUUGGCUUGAGGACCAGUACCUGAAAUGGUUCACCAAGGACAACAAGGCCAGCUAUGCCACCAAAGACACCCUAGGCCAGACCAAGGUUACCGGCGUCGAACAGAUCGAUACCCUUCAGGAUGGCGUUCAUAGCCUCGUUGGAGGCCAGGUCGGCCAGGGCGGCCUCCUCCAGCCCGUCGGUGACAUGGCCUCGAAGGAGGGCAUCAACCGCGCCGAGCGCCAGGGCAAGGACGAUGAGGGCGGUUACGUCCCCACCGCCGUCCCAGGCUCCGGUGCGCUGAACCAGGCCGGCAGCGGCGUGGCUGACGGCGGCAAGGCCGUUGCUGGCAAGACUACCGAGGGUCUCAAGGGUGCCGGCGGUUACGUCGGUGGCCUCUUCGGCGGUGGUGCCGGCAAGAGCAAGCCCGAGCAGAAGUAA